AUGGCGUAUGAGAUUGGACUGAGCACGCCUACUGUGCCGAAUCGCGGUUUCACACUUUGGAUAUGGAGUGUGGUCCUGGUGAUUGUGGCCGGUUUCUUUGUGCUGGGCCGGUUUGCAAUUCGGUUUCACAAUCGCCUUAUUGGAACCGAUGACUGGGUGAUUUUCGCGUCAUUGAUAGCAUCGGUGUUGCUGACGGUGACCGAGUGUUCUGCGGUGCAUUAUGGUUACGGAAAGCACUUGAAAAACAUCGCCCUUGAUGACCGAGUCAAAGCUCUCAAGUGGUUCUACGGUGCCCAAAUCGUAUACAAAGUCGUCAUCACCGUCAACAAGAUCUCCUUCCUAUGUCUCUAUCUUCGCAUCUUCAUCCAGCCCGUCUUCCGCCGCGUCUGCUAUGGCGGGAUUGCCUUUCUUUCCGCCUGGGGUCUCGCCUAUAUACUCGUUACCAUCUUCCAAUGUACACCCGUUGCCGCGUUCUGGGACAAGACAAUCACCCGAAAGUCCUGUGUCAACAGCAAAGCGCAGUGGUUGUCGUAUGCCGUCAUCAAUAUCGUUUGCGACGUGGCCAUCCUCACGCUGCCGAUCUACCCUGUCUCGAAACUACAUUUGGCCCGCGGGAAGAAGUUUGCGCUGGCAGCGAUGUUUGGCUUGGGGACAUUUGUUUGCAUAACGAGCAUCAUCCGGACAACCACUCUUGCAGAAUCAGCCAACCACACACGCAAAGACCCUACCAGUAGGUCCUGGCCACCCAAGGCAACGAAGCACACUGACAAUGUAGGCGGCCCCAUCCCCGCCACGAUCUGGAGCGUCAUCGAAGCCAACGCCGGGAUCAUCUGCGCCUGUCUCCCCGUCUACCACCAGCCGCUGAAGUGGUGUCUCCCGCGUCUUUUCGGUUCUCAGCACUCGGCGCAUCCCUCCGUUAGCCGAUCCCGCGGAAGAGGACGGAAGACGCCCGGGAGCAAUCAGCCGCCGCAGGAUCGAAAGGAUAUGGCCUGGCACGAGCUACAUGGUAGCGGAGGGAGUUACUCGAACAACGUGUCGACGCAGCGGUUCGAGAUGUUUGACGUCGAAGGCGGGAAGACUCAGACGAAUGAAAUCAUGCGGAUGACGGAUGUGAGUGUCUCGUAUCAGGAUGAUCAGAGGUCGGAUGCAUCCUCGAAGCCCAUCAGAGGGCGAGCGGAAGACUGA